CUGAGACCCGGUUAUGGCUGCUGGCGGAGCGGAGGCGCACUCUGGGGACCCGGAGGAAGAUGCUUCACAAUUACUGUUUCCCAAAGAGUUUGAGAGUGCUGAGACUCUGCUGAAUUCGGAGGUGCACAUGCUCCUGGAGCACAGAAAGCAACAGAAUGAGAGCGCGGAGGAAGAACAGGAGCUCUCCGAGGUCUUCAUGAAAACCCUGAACUACACUGCCAGGUUCAGCCGCUUCAAGAACAGAGAAACCAUUGCCAGUGUCAGAAGCUUGCUGUUACAGAAGAAGCUGCAUCGCUUUGAGCUAGCCUGUUUGGCCAAUCUGUGCCCAGAGACAGCAGAUGAGGCUAAAGCCUUGAUCCCAAGUCUGGAAGGGAGGUUUGAGGAAGAGGAGCUGCAACAGAUCCUGGAUGAUAUUCAGACCAAGCGAAGCUUCCAGUACUAAAGAGGAAAGUGUCCUCCUCCCUGAUAGGCCAUUUGUUCUGAUGAACUCCUGGAAUCCUCGAUGAUGCCAGUCGCCCCAUAUCCAUUGCCGUCUUUGUACCAGAGACUCUCCUUUUUUUAGGAUUAUUUGCUCAGUGGCUUUUCACUGCUUUUGAUUUUGUGAAUCUCUUUUAUUGUUAAUAAAUAUUUUGUUUCUAAAA